GUAGAACGCCAAUUCAAAUGCAUUGGCUGGAGAGCCACAACUGGCUGCAGUGUGGACGGAGCGCGCGACGUGGCCAACGAUAAACCUUGCAACCGGCGAGUAGAGGAUGGGGUUUCAGGCUACUGUGAGAUCGAAGACGUCGAAUCAGGAGAAAGGUUUCGAGUCAUGCAACGCGGAUGUAGUACAGUCAAAAAGGGAGCCAAGUUUUUCUGCUCGGACGCAUCGGAUUUCGCGAAUUUCCAUGCCAAAGGAAGGCAAGUGGUAGAGAAGGCUAUCGCACCGGGUUACACUUUGCCUAAUGUGGACGAGAACGAGGAACCGAAAGCUGGAAUCGUUAUGGUGGUAUACCCGACUCUGUUGGCAAGUGCGUACGCUUCGGUUCGAACGUUGAGAGAUGUACACAACUGUCAGUUACCGAUCGAAAUUUGGUACCGUAGCGAUGAGUUGAUGAGGGUACCAGGAGCUCUAGAGCCAUUGAAAGGCCUGGCGGGGAAAGAAGUCGAGGGUGACAUUACGUUUCGAGAGAUUACAGAUCGACGAGCAUUCCGCUUUGCAGCAAAGGUGUAUGCGCUAUACCACAGCGCGUUUGAUCAGGUGCUGUUUCUCGAUGCUGACAAUGUACCCGUGCGUGACCCGGCCUUCUUGUUUGAGUCUGAGGAGUUUGUGAGGACUGGAUCAGUCUUCUGGCCAGAUUUCUGGCAUCCUCAGUACACUAUUUUCCAUAUUAUGGCAGACUCGUUGUUGUGGCAACUGCUGGACAUGAAAUACGUCAACAUGUUCGAACAGGAAAGCGGUCAAUUGCUGAUUGAUCGCCGUCGCCAUACGGCUACAAUGGAACUUGUGAACUUCUACACGUUCCACAGUCCAAAUCAUUUUGACCAGCUUAAGCUCGUAUACGGCGAUAAAGAUCUCUUCCGGUACGCGUGGAUUAAGUUGAAUGUGCCGUUCUACAUGAUCCAGACCCCACCCGCUGUCGCCGGCAAGGUUGUCAAUGAAUCUUUUUGCGGUAUGACUAUGGUUCAGCAUGAUGCAAAUGGAGACGUACUCUUCCUUCAUCGCAACUCCAAUAAACUCACUGGACGUGUGAAACGUCAAGAGAUCAAUUACGAAGUUGAAGCGCGAAGGCAGGCCCGUUUGAAACGUUUAGAUCAAGGGCUUCCUACUACUAUCAAUGAUGAAGAAGUACAAGCAGAACUUGAGAAUCUAAUGCGAACGCCUCCGCCGACAUUAGAGCCGCCUGAACCGGACAAUCUACCCGAUCCAGCCAUGUGGACACACUUGUGGACAUUCAGAAAUACUUCGCGUAGAGUUGACUACCGAAUCCGAUCUUACACUGCUCAACCCGAUUUUCCAGAGUGGCAGCGAUGCUACGGACAGCGCAACAUCAGCGACAGCGAGCACUUUUACGCUCAGAAAAUCGCAGACCUCAGUUUUGCUGGACUGGAGACACACCUGCGGCGGUUUGCUAUGGAAGGGGUUCAACUACUCGAGAAUCACCAGUCUUCUCGUAUUAUGGACAGGAAACUACAAUAGAACGCAUGUAGAUAACUACAAAAAACUAAAUUAUCGUAUCCGAUAGAGAUAAGUACCUAUGCCACUACGCUUUGGCCGGU